AUGCGUGAUUUUGUGAGUUACCCGACGGCGGGGAACGAGCGUCUGCACUGCACCAUGAAGCGUACGGAGGACAACCCUGAGGUGGGUGGGCCCUGCUACACCCUCUAUCUGGAGUACCUGGGGGGCUUAGUGCCCAUCCUCAAGGGCCGGCGAAUCAGCAAGCUCCGCCCCGAGUUCGUCAUCAUGGACCCCAAGACGGACGGCAAAGCAGGUGAGGUUAUAAUGGAGAAACUGUGUGAGGAUGUUUGAAAGUGUUAAUGGUGCUUGUUUUGAAAAUAUAACAUUGAAAUCCUGCUGCCUUAUAAUUGUAUAACGAUGCCUUGUAAUAGAUUCCAUUGCUUUGGGAGGCUGUUUCAGCUUCUCGUAUGACUGCUUUUUGCUCGACUGUCCUUGGAAAGAAGCGUUUGUAAAGUCAUUGUCUUCUUCUUGUUAAUAACUGUUAGUUACCUAUGACUAAAAUAUCAUUUGUGGCUGCUGCCCAGCCAGAGCCUCCUUCCAUGCUCCUCCAGUACUGUUCCAUUCAUAUAACAUAUAGGACUUACUUGUGGUAAGUUAGUUCUAGACAGUGUUGGUUGGCAUUGAUAGUUCUCAGUUUUAAUAGUCACAAAGCCAGCCAGCCACAGUACAGGGCAGACUGAGCCCAUGUUAAUUAAAAGAUGCUUAAUGGGAGCUGGGAUGGCCUCUGGGCUCUACCAUAAAUUACCUCCCUCCCACUCUCCUCCUUCCUCUCCACACAGUGAUAAAUGAAACCAACCAUAAAAUGUGUGCAGCCCAUUCACACUUAAAUGCCCAUUAAAUAAAUGUGCUUGACCUAGACUGGAGUAGUCGCAGUUCAGGGACCCCAUGUGAAUGAGAGUAGUUACUUGGAAACAAUAGUUUGGGGGACUAAAGAAGUUGAACAGUUUGAUUGUGUUAAGUGUGUCUGAAAUUGGAUAUGAUUUCAUGUCAUGUCAUUUCAUUCAUUUUAUGUCUUUGAAGAGGUGAGUGAAGUGUGUCCCCUGCUGUUAACACUGGGGAUAAGACGUGCUUGUUGUGAUGAUGGGGAAUAAAGGUUGUGAACUUCACGAUGGCUAGGAUGGAUUACUAUCACUGUUGGUCAAUGUCAGUUUGACUUAUAUCCCCAUAUGCAGAGAGACAGUGCCUUGCAAAAGUAUUCAUCCCCCUAGGUGUUUUUCCUAUUUUGUUGCAUUACAACCUGUAAUUUAAAUGGAUUUUAUUUGGAUUUCAUGUAAUGGACAUACACAAAAUAGUCCAAAUUGGUGAAGUGAAAUGAAAAUAACUUGUUUCAAAGAAUUCAAAAAAAAUAAAUAACGGAAAAGUGGUGCGUGCAUAUGUAUUCACCCCCUUUGCUAAGAAGCCUCUAAAUAAGAUCUGGUGCAACCAAUUACCUUCAGAAGUCACAUAAUUAGAUUGCACACAAGUGGACUUUAUUUAACUAAGUGUCACAUGAUCUCAGGAUAUAUACACCUGUUCUGAAAGACCCCUGAGUCUGCAACACUACUAAGAAAGGGGCACCACCAAGCAAGCAGCACCAUGAAGACCAAGGAGCUCUCCAAACAGGUCACGGACAAAGUUGUGGAGAAGUACAGAUCAGGGUUGGGUUAUAAAAAAAUAUCUGAAACUUUGAACAUCCCACGGAACACCGUUAAAUCCAUUAUUAAAAAAUUGAAAGAAUAUGGCACCACAACAAACCUGCCAAGAGAGGGCCGCCCUCCAAAACUCAUGGACCAGGCAAGGAGGGCAUUAAUCAGAGAGACAACAAAGAGACCAAAGAUAACCCCGAAGGAGCUGCAAAGCUCCACAGUGGAGAUUGGAGUAUCUGUCCAUAGGACCACUUUAAGCCAUACACUCCACAGAGCUGGGCUUUACGGAAGAGUGGCCAAAAAAAAGCCAUUGCUUAAAGAAAAAAAUAAGCAAGCAUGUGGGAGACUCCCCAAACAUAAAGAAGAAGGUACUCUGGUCAGAUUAGACUAAAAUUAAGCUUUUUGGCCAUCAAGGAAAACGCUAUGUCUGGCGCAAACCCAACACCUCUCAUCACCCCGAGAACACCAUCCCCACAGUGAAGAAUGAUGGUGGCAGCAUUAUGCUGUGGGGAUCUUUCUCAUCAGCAGGGACUGGGAAACUGGUCAGAAUUGAAGGAAUGAUGGAUGGUGCUAAAUACAGGGAAAUUCUUGAGGGAAACCUGUUUCAGUCUUCCAGAGAUUUGAGACUGGGACGGAGGUUCACCUUCCAGCAGGACAAUAACCCUAAGCAUACUGCUAAAGCAACACUCGAGUGGUUUAAGGGGAAACAUAUAAAUGUCUUGGAAUGGCCAAUUGAGAAUCUGUGGUAUGACUUAAAUUUAGCUGUACAACAGCGGAACCCAUCCAACUUGAAGGAGCUGGAGCAGUUUUGCCUUGAAGAAUGGGCAAAAAUCCCAGUGGCUAGAUGUGCCAAGCUUAUCGAGACAUACCCCAAGAGACUUGCAGCUGUAAUUGCUGCAAAAGGUGGCUCUACAAAGUAUUGACUUUGGGGGGGGGGGGUGAAUAGUUAUGCACACUCAGGUUUUCUGUUUUUUUUUUGUCUUAUUUCUUGUUUGUUUCACAAUAAAAAAAAUAUUUUGCAUCUUCAAAGUGGUAGGCAUGUUGUGUAAAUCAAAUGAUACAAACCCCCCAAAAAAUCAAUUUUAAUUCCAGGUUGUAAGGCAACAAAAUAGGAAAAAUACCAAGGCGGGGUGAGUACUUUUGCAAGCCACUGUAGGUCCCCAUGAGUCAGUGACAUUCAAUGAAUGACCAACCAGCAGGCAUCAUUCAUGAUGUUGUAGACAGACACCCAUCAUUUCCUCACCUCACCACUUUCGUUUUAAUACACUUCACUCAUCUUCCUUUCUCUCCAUUCCUUGUUUCCCUCUCUUCUUCCAGAUGAGGUGUAUGGGAACAGUCUGAUCUCGGCGAUGAUCGACAGCUGUAACUGUUCAGACUCCAGUGAUAUAGAGCUGAGUGAUGACUGGGUCGGCAAGAAAUCCCCAAAGCUAUCCAGAGGCAGCAAGUCUCCUAAACUCCCCAGGUAAUGAACACGGACAUUAUACAGCACUGUCAUUCAUUCAUAAAACAUUAAUUCAUAUCAUUAAUGAAUAACAAGCAUGUGUUUUGAUUAGUUGUUGUAUUCACCAUUUUAUAGGACCAUUCAGUUAUGUGUAGCUCAAAAUUAAACCCAAGUGUUUUGUUUGGACCUACAAAGUACUAGAGAUUAAUAUUUUCCUGAAAAUCUACCAAAUUUCAGUACUGGGCAUAAUUCAUAUUCAUCCUGAGAGUCCCGGGAAAUACAGCAGUGCCCAUUUUUUAAAGUGUUUAAAACCAAGAUAUGGUCAUAAUGCCAGGGUUUUUCCCCAAAUUAGAGGGGUGCUGCGCCACCUUGUCAGCUUGGCUGCGCCACUUUGUAAAGAUUUCAGAGCAAAUGAAACUGAUAAUUAGUAAUGAUAGAGUAACAGGUCCUCAACUGGCAGCUUCAUUAAAUAGUACCUGCAAAGAAAAAGCCAUAUCUCAGACUGCCCAUCUUAAUAUUUUAUUUUUAUUGGCCAGUCUGAGAUAUGGCUUUUUCUUUGCAACUCUGCCUAGAAGGUCAGCAUCCCAGAGUCGCCUCUUCAUUGUUGACGUUGAGACUGGUGUUUUGCGGGUACUAUUUAAUGAAGCUGCCAGUUGAGGACCUGUGAGAGGCAUCUGUUUCUCAAACUAGACACUAAUGUAUUUGUCCUCUUGCUCAGUUGUGCACCGGGGCCUCCCACUCCUCUUUCUAUUCUGGUUAGAGCCAGUUUGCGCUGUUCUGUGAAGGGAGUAGUACACAGCGUUGUACGAGAUCUUCAGUUUCUUGGCAAUUUCUCGCAUGGAAUAGUUUCAGAAGAAAGUAAUUUUUUUCUGGCCAUUUUGAGCCUGUAAUCGAACCCACAAUUGCUAAUGCUCCAGAUACUCAACUAGUCUCAAGAAGGCCAGUUUUAUUGCUUCUUUAAUCAGCACAACAGUUUUCAGCUGUGCUAACAUAAUUGCAAAAGGGUUUUCUAAUGAUCAAUUAGCCUUUUAAAAUGAUAAACUUGGAUUAGCAAACACAACGUGCCAUUGGAACACAGGACUGAUGGUUGCUGAUAAUGGGCCUCUGUACGCCUGUGUAGAUAUUCCAUUAAAAAUCAGCAAUUUCCAGCUACAAUAGCCAUUUCCAACAUUAACAAUGUCUACACUGUAUUUCUGAUCAAUUUGAUGUUAUUAUAAUGGACAAAAAAAUUGCUUUUCUUUCGAAAACAAGGAAGUUUCUAAGUGACCCCAAACUUUUGAACGGUAGUGUAUGGACGAGCGAUGUCAGAGUGGCAUGGACUAAGAUACAGGAUAUACAUAUGAGAUGAGUAAUGCAAGAUAUGUAAACAUUAUUAAAAUGGCUAGUGUUCCAUUUCUUAAAAUGGCCAGUGAUUUCUAGUCUGUCGAUAGGCAGCAGCCUCUAAUGUACUAGUGAUGGCUAUUUAACAGUCUGAUGGCCUUGAGAUAGAAGCUGUUUUUCAGUCUCUCGGUCCCAGCUUUGAUGUACCUGUACUGACCUCGCCUUCUGGAUGAUAGCGGGGUGAACAGGCAGUGGCUUGAGUGUUUAUUUUUAUUUUUUUAUUUAACCUUUAUUUAACCAGGUAAGCCAGUUGAGAACAAGUUCUCAUUUACAACUGCAACCUGGCCAAGAUAAAGCAAAGCAGUGCGAUUAAAAACAACAACACAGAGUUACAUAUGGGGUAAACAAAACAUAAAGUCAAAAAUACAACAGAAAAUAUAUAUACAGUGUGUGCGAAUGUAGUAAGUUAUGGAGGUAAGGCAAUAAAUAGGCCAUAGUGAAAAAUAGUUACAAUUUCGUAUAAUACUGGAAUGAUAUAUGUGCAAAAGAUGAUGUGCAAAUAGAGAUACUGGGGUGCAAAUUAGCAAAAUAAAUAACAAUAUGGGGAUGAGGUAGUUGGGUGGGCUAAUUUCAGAAAGGCUGUGUACAGGUGCAGUGAUCGGUAAGCUGCUCUGACAACUGACGCUUAAAGUUAGUGAGGGAGAUAAGAGUCUCCAGCCUCAGAGAUUGAUGUCCUUGAUUAUCUUUUUGGCCAUCCUGUGACAUCAGGUGCUGUAUAUGUCCUGGGGGGCGGAUAGUUUGCCCCGGGUAAUACGUUGUGCAGACCGCACUACCCUUGCCAUACCAGGCGGUGAUACAGCCUGACAGGAUGCUCUCAAUUGUACAUCUGUAAAAGUCUGUGAGGGUUUUAGGUGCCAAGCCAAAUUUCUUAAGCCUCCUGAGGUUGAGGCUCUGUUGCGCCUUCUUCACCACACAAUCUGUGGGUGUUCCAUUUCAGUUUGUCAGUGAUGUUUUCACUAAGGAACUUUAAGCUUUCCACCUUCUCCACUGUGUUCCUGUCGAUAUGGAUGGGGGGUGCACCCUCUGCUGUUUCCUGAAGUCCACAAUCAUCUCCUUUGUUUUGUUGACGUUGAUUGAGAGUUUAUUUCCCUGGCACCACAAUCCCAGAGCCUUCACCUCCUCCCUGUAGGCUGUCUCGUUAUUGUUGGUUAAUCAAGCCUACUACUGUUGUGUCGUCUGCAAACUUGAUGAUUGAGUUGGAGGCGUGCUUGACCACACAGUCAUGGGUGAGCAGGGAGUACAGGAGUGGGCUGAGCAUGCACCCUUGUGGGGCCCCAGUGUUGAGGAUCAGCAAAGUGGAAGUGUUGUUUCCUACCUUAACCACCUGGGGGCGGCCCGUCAGGAUGUCCAGGGCCCAGUUGUACAGGGCGGGGUUCAGACCCAGGGCCUCGAGCUUAAUGAUGAGCUUGGAGGGUACUAUGGUGUUGAAUGCUGAACUAUAGUCAAUGAACAGCAUUCUUACAUAGGUAUUCCUCUUGUCCAGUUGGGAUAGGGCAGUGUGCAGAGUGAUGGCGAUUGCAUCGUCUGUGGAUCUAUUGGGGCGGUAAGGAAUUUGAAGUGGGUCUAGGGUGGCAGGUAAGGUAGAGGUGAUAUGAUCCUUGACUAGUCUCUCAAACCACUUCAUGAUGACAGAGGUGAGUGCGACGGGGCGAUAGUUGUUUAGUUACCUUUGCUUUCUUGGGUACAGGACACUAAGUACGAGACAGCACAGAGAAGCGGGGGAAAUGUUAUAGCUGCAUUUUGAUAUACAUAGGCGAGAGCCGUGUUUUGAUAAGGAUGGAUUACAGAAUAAAGUUAGGAAUUUUCAUGCAAGACAGGAGUCAAGAUUUUGGGUUUCAGUGGGAUUUGGACUGGAUAAGGAAAAUAUCCUAGGUUCUAGGACAGGAGAAUAUAUAAUUUCCCCUCUGAAUUGUUAAGACUUUCAUGUCUAUAGCCCUAUUCACACUGGGACUAGUAUUACUAGAGAACGUUAUGUAAGUAUUACAAUAGAAUGUCUGUUAUUCCAGAGGAUGAUUCAGAUGGGAUUAGUUUUUUCCAAACUGGCCCCUGUAAUUCUUAAUUAUUUUCAAUAAAUUGACAGUAAUGACGAAAGCCUGGAGGUUUUUUUUCUAGGCGUGAAGAUAUUUCAGCAAGUCCAACGAUAACAGGGCUAAACUGAUAACGCGAGCUUGGUUCCCAAGUUUCGAAACCAUACAAAACCAUAUUUGGUAUAUUGUCGCCAUAAUAUUUGAAUUGCGGAAGUGUGAUCAUUAGGAUAUUUUAGCGCUCCACAGUAGACGUCCUAAAUGCCCCCCAGCCUUCAGAUGUGAGCUAAACAGUGCACUUGCACUUGAGAUGCGUUUUAAGUCUAUGGAUGAGAAAGUGAACUUACAAUUUCCAAAAGUUUAGGUCAGCUGUAUGCUGCUUUGUCAUCUAUUAACAGCAAGGGUUACAUUAAAUAGGCACAAUACUUUUUACUGAUGCAUUUGGCAAUAUUCAAUUCAUACGCACAAAACAUAUACAGUGCAUUCGGAAAGUAUUCAGACCCCUUUACUUUUUCCACAUUUUGUUACAUUACAGCCUUCUAAAAUGGAUUAAUUAAAUAGUUUUCCUACUCAAUCUAUACACAAUACCCCAUAAUCACAAAGUGAUUGAAAAAACAAACCUGAAAUACCUUAUUUACGUAAGUAUUCAGACCCUUUGCUAUGACACUCGAAAUUUAGCUCAGCUACAUCCUGUUUCCAUUGAUCAUCCUUGAGAUGUUUCUACAACUUGCACAGCUAUUUUCAGGUCUCUCAAGACAUGUUCGAUCGGGUUCAAAUCCGGGCUCUGGUUGGGCCUAUCAAGGACAUUGAGACUUGUCCCGAAGCCACUCCUGCGUUAUCUUGGCUGUGUGAUUAGGGUUGUUGUCCUGUCUGAGGUCCUGAGCGCUCUGGAGGAGGUUGUCAUCAAAGAUCUCUCUGUACAUUGCUCCGUUCAUAUUUCCCUCGAUCCUGACAAGUCUCCCAGUCCCUGCCGCUGAAAAACAUCCCCAAAGCAUGAUGCUGCCACCACCAUGCUUCACCGUAGGGAUGGUGCCAGGUUUCCUCCAGACGUGACGCUUGGCAUUCAGGCCAAAGAGUUCAAUCUUGGUUUUAUCAGACCUGAGAAUCUUGUUUUACCAUAAAGGCCUGAUUGGUGGAGUGCUGCAGAAAUGGUUGUCCUUCUGGAAGGUUCUCCCAUCUCCACAGAGGAACUCUGGAGUUUCAUAGCAAAGGGUCUGAAUACUUACGUAAAUAAGGUAAUUCUGUUUUUUAUUUGUAAUACAUUUGCAAACAUUUCUAAAAACCUAUUUUCGAUUUGUCAUUAUGGGGUAUUAUGUGUAGAUUGAUUAGGGAAAAAUCAUAAUUGAAUCCAUUGUAGAAUAAGGCUGUAACGUAACAAAAUGUGGAAAAAGUCAAGGGGUCUGAAUACUUUCCGAAUGCGCUGUAGCUUAUGCGCAGCACUUCGUUUAAUUCAACAAAUCAGUUAUUGUUUUCUAGCUCAAAUCGUGAGCAACACCUGUCAAAUUCAGACAUUUCUCUCAAAACACAGGGAUGUCGAUUCACACCGGACUAGUAUUAUCAGAGGACCUUGGAGUUUGCCAAAAAACAAUAGGUUAUUCUGGCUGAAAUUGUUACUCUCCUGCCGUGUAAAAAUUACUGACAUGGCAUAUUCAGACUGGACUAAAAUUACAGAUAUGUGGUGUUUUGUGCUCGUGCACAUAAUUACAUUACCCGGCCACCCCCAGUAAAACUAAUCCUGUCUGAAUAGGGCUUAUGACAGAGAUGCCUAUGUAGUGAAUUGUGCAUAGGCCUAUCAAAUGUGUGACUGUCUGAAGAGUCACAUUGACAGCUCAAGGAGGCACAUGUUAUUUUAUAGGCUAUACUGUAGGGGUUUCCUGUAGGGUUUAUUAACUCGGGUCGCGUGUGCAGUAUCAAUUAUGUGUCUACUUUGAAUUAAUGGCGACUUUGUGUGAAGUAAAUACGCGACAACCUGUUUGGAUAAAGUGCUAUUUUAUUUUUUGCUAAUCUGUGGCUGUAAAUGUGGAAUUGUAUUAGUGCGACAUUGUGGAUUGAAAAAAAAUAUUUCAAUUUUAAUUAUUUCGGUAAAUGUGAAGUUCCCGGGAUCCCGGUUACCCAUGUUAAUCCAUACAGAGUACUGACUAAAGGUGUCCGCAUGCUUCAGUUAUGCUGGCGUCUAGCUGAAGUCGGCUAGGCGAACUGAAAGUAUGUGCUCGCAUACUCCCUUAAAAGACCUUUGCUUGAAAAACUAGAAAAAAAGCCAAUAGUACUGUUUGUCCAUUUUGAGACGCUGUAGCCAGAAUUUAAUCUAUACUGAACAAAAAUAUAAACGCAACAUGCAACAAUUUCACUGCGCUACAGUUCAUAUAAGGAAAUCAGUCAAUUGAAAUAAAUUCAUUAGGCCCUAAUCAAUGGAUUUCACAUGACUGGACAGCGGCGCAGCCAUGGGUGGGCCCACUGGGGAGCCAGGCCCAGCCAAUCGCAAUCAGUUUUUCCCCACAAAAGGGGAUUUAUUACAGACAGAAAUACUAAUCAAUUUCAUCAGCUGUCCUGGUGGCUGGUCUCAGACGAUCCCACAGGUGAGGAAGCCAGAUGUGGAGGUCCUGGGCUGGCGUGGUUACACGUGGUCUGCGGUAGUGAGGUCAGUUGGACAUACUGCCAAAUUCUCAAAAACAAUGUUGGAGGCGGCUUAUGGUAGAGAAAUGAACAUUCAAUUCUCUGGCAACAGCUCUGGUGGACAUUCCUGCAGUCAGCAUGUCAAGUGCACGCUCCCUCAAAACUUGAGACAUCUGUGGCGUUGUGUUUUGACAAAACUGCACAUUUUAGUGGCCUUUUAUUGUCAUCAGCACAAGGUGCACCUGUGUAAUGAUAAUUCUGUUUAAUCAGCUUUUUGGAUUAUCUUGGCAAAGGAGAAAUGCUCACUAACUGGGAUGUAAACAAAUUUGUGGACAAAACUUGAGAGAAAUAAGCUUUUUGUGCAUAUGGACAAUUUCUGGGAUCUUUUAUUUGAGCUCAUGAAACAUAACACCAACACUAUACAUGUUGCGUUUAUAUUUUUGUUCAGUAUAAUUAACCUAAAAUAACUCAAGAAAUCUGUCAUUCAUUUUGACGUUUUUGCCAAGGAGAUCUUAGUCACGCAAUUUUACAUCUAACUAACUAUGUUUGGUGCAGUAUUUUUCAAUGAAAAAAUUUGCAUGAAAACGAAUCGUCUCUUGCUGAAUGACAACAGACUUUACUGAAGAAUACCUACUGUUGACCAAUCACCGACAAAGGGACAUAGACUCCGGUUACAGACUUCGGCUUGCCUCAAGAAAAAACAAUUGUCUUCCCGAACAACCAAAAAAAAACUUACCGAUGUCCAAAACGAACAAAAACAUCACAAAAUGUCGUCAUAAUUGUGUGUAUUUGUAUUUUUUAUAUUUUUUUAUUUAGCCUUUAUUUAUACAGGUUUUUCUCAUUGAGAUCAAAUCUAUUUUUCAAGAGAGACCUGGUCCAACAGCAGCAGGGGGAACAAAGUUUCAGUCAAAACUACUUACAUACACUAACACAACAUUGAACAAAACUAUAGACACACAUACAGUACAACAAUUACAUAUUACGUAAAGAAACACGAAUGUCAUAACUAAAAAACAGCUGUCCUAAAGAAAAUUACACUCUUCUAUGAUAUUUACAUCGAUCAAGUUUUUAAACUCCACCAACGUGACUAGAUCAUCACAUUUUAAAAUGUUCAGAAGAGAAUUCCAGGUCCACGGAGCUGAGUAACUAAAACUAGUUCUACCAUGCCCUGUUCUAAUUCUUGGUUCUGUUAAAAGCAAAUGAGAAUGGGACCGUAAUUUAUAUUUAUUUACUGACCUGAUUUUAAAAAGAUCAGAGAAAGUGGCAUUUUACCCAGUAUGGCCUUAUAAAUCAGUGUAUACCAGUGUUUAAGCAUACGCAAGGUCAAUGACGACCAGCCAACAGUGCUGUAGAGAUCACAAUGAUGUGUUAGAGGUUUUUGAUUGGUACUGAAUCAGAGGGCUGCAUGCUAUACUGAAUCAAGUGCUCUCAUGGUAGUGGUUGAGGCCUGCAUAUACAGUCAGUUCCAUAAAUAUUUGGACAUUGACCAAGUUAAUAUUAUUUUAGCUGUCUACCACAGCCUAUUGGAGUUGAAAUUAAAUAAUGAAUAUGAGCUGAAAGUGCAGACUUUCAGCUUUAAUUUGAGGGUAUUUACAUCCAAAUUGGGUUAACGUUGUAGGAAUUACAGCACUUUUUAGAUGUGGUCCCCCCCCUUUUUAAGGGACCAAAAGUAAUUGGACAAUUGGCUGCUCAGCUGUUCCAUGACCAGGUGUGUGUUAUUCUCUCAUUAGUUAAUUUACGAGUAAGCAGAUAAAAGGUCUAGAGUUGAUUUCAAGUGUGGCAUUUUCAUUUGGAAUCUGUGGCUGUUAACACUCAAUAUGAAGUCCAAAGAGCUGUCACUGCCAGUGAAGCAAGCCAUCAUUAGGUUGAAAAAUCUAAACAAACCCAUCAGAGAUAGCAAAAACAUUAGGAGUGGCCAAAUCAACUAUUUGGUACAUUCUUAAAAAGAAAGAACGCACUGGUGAGCUCAGGAACACCAAAAGGCCCAGAAGACCACGGAAAACAACUGUGGUGGAUGACACAAUAAUUAUUUCCCUGGUGAAGAAAAACCCCUUCACAACAGUUGGCCAGAUCAAGAACACCCUCCAGGAGGUAGGUGUAUCUGUGUCAAAGUCAACAAUCAAGAGAAGACUUCACCAGAGUAAAUACAGAGGGUUUACCACAAGAUGUAAACCAUUGGUAAGCCUCAAAAACAGGAAGACCAGAUUAGAGUUCGCCAAAAAAAAGCCUGUACAGUUCUGGAACAACAUCCUAUGGACAGAUGAGACAAAGAUCAACUUGUACCAGAAUGAUGGGAAGAGAAGAGUAUGCAGAAGGGAAGGAACUGCUCAUGAUCCGAAGCAUACCACCUCAUCUGUGAAGCAUUGUGGAGGUAGUGUUAUGGUGUGGGCAUGUAUAGCUGCCAAUGGAACUGGUUCCAUAGUAUUUAUUGAUGAUGUGACUGCUGACAAAAGCAGCAGGAUGAAUUCUGAAGUGUUUAAGGCUAUAGUAUCUGCUUCAAAACUCAUUGGACGGCGCUUCACAGUGCAGAUGGACAAUGACCCGAAGCAUACUGCGAAAGCAACCCAAUACGUUUUUUAAGGCAAAGAAGUGGAAUGUUUUGCAAUGGCCAAGUCAAUCACCUGACCUGAAUCCCAAUUGAGCAUGCAUUUCACUUGCUGAAAGCAAAACGCCCCAAGAUCAAGCAGGAACUGAAGACAGCUGCAGUAAAGGCCUGGCAGAGCAUCACCAGGGAAGAAACCCAGCAUCUGGUGAUGUCUAUGGGUUCCAGACUUCAGGCAGUUAUUGACUACAAAGGAUUUGCAACCAAGUAUUAAAACUCACAGUUUAAUUUAUGAUUAUGUUAGUUUGUCCGAUUUACUUUUGAGCCCCUAAAAUUGGGGGGCUAUGUAUAAAAAUAGUUGUAAUUCCUAUACGGUUCAUACAAUAAUUUUGACAAAACCCUUAAAUUAAAGAUGAAAGUCUACACUUAAAGCACAUCUUGAUUGUUUCCUUUCAAAUCCAUAGUGGUGGUGUACAGAGCCAAAAUACUUAUGGGCCUGACUGUAUAUAACAUCACUACAUUCUAAAACCGGCAGUAAUGUACAUCGUACCAGCUCCUUCCUGGCCUCCAGAGAAAAACAAGCCUUAUGCCGGUAAUAAAAACCUAUUCUCAGCUUGCGCUUCCUUAUCAAGUUCUCCACAUGAACAGUGAAGCUCAGCUUGUCAUCCACCGACACUCCCAAAUAUUUGUACACUUUGACUUGCUCUAUAGUAUGUCGAUCCAAUGUAGCAAUGACAUGAUUAGUAACAUGCCUGGCAUUUGAAAAUACCAUGCAUUUUGUUUUACCCGAAUUCAGAACCAGCUUCAAAUCAUACAUAUCAUACAUAAUAUAUGCACGAACUCUUCCGAACUGUUUCGGCUGGGAAGCAUGCAUUUUUGCCACAGCAUUUUUGUAUAUUAAUGCUGCUUGAGUGUAAUGCACGGUAUUGUUUCAUUUGUUUCACUGCAUGUCUAUACCUUUUCUUUCAUGUGCUACCUCCUCUGUUGAUACUUAGUCUGUCCCUUUACCAACAGGAUCAAUAUUGACCCUAGGAAGUCCCCCAAACUGUCCCACGCUAUGCAGGACAUCUCCUGGUCGCCACGGUUACCCAUCCGGAAACCCUCCAUUGGCUCCCCAAGUCUCACCUGCAGAGAGUUUCCCUUCGAUGACGUCGCACAGGUAAUGGCCUGUGUUAUGCUUUCCUGGAUCUCCUAUCAUCAUACAUUUACAGUGAUUUGAAGAAGUACUGAUUUAUUUGUGGGUUUUGUCUUUUGCAGCAUAACUACCUUGCUCAGGUCACAUCCAAUAUUUGGGGAACAAAGUUUAAGAUUGUGGGACUUGCCACCUUCUUGCCAACCAAUCUUGGAGCAGGUAACUACCAAUCAAAAAAUGCAUUUUUAACUAUGGUUCCAAUAUACAGUACCAGUCAAAGGUUUGGACACACAAUCUCAAAUAUACAAUAUAAUUUGAUUUGUUUAAUACUUUUUUGGUUACUACAUGAUUCCAUAUGUGUUAUUUCAUAGUUUUGAUGUCUUCACUAUUAUUCUACAAUGUAAAAAAUAAAGAAAAACCCUCAAAUUAGUAGGUGUGCCCAAACUUUUGACUGGUAGUGUAUGUAAUAACCUUACUCCUCCCCUUUUUCUUUUUUCUCCUAUUUCCUGCCUCCCUUCUAUCGCUAUCUCUCUAUUUGUCUUUAUUUUUACCCACACUUACCUCUUAUCUCUCCUCACUAUCUCCCUCUCAGUGAUCUACAAGACGAGUCUGCUCCACCUGCAGCCCAGACAGAUGACCAUCUACCUGCCGGACGUGCGUAAGAUCUCCAUGGACUACAUCAACCUGCCCAUGUUCAGCCCCAACGUAUUCAGUGAGGACGAGGAUGACCUACCCGUCACAGGGGCCUCCGGCGUCACAGACGACAACCCUCCCUGCACCGUCAACAUCCCCAUCGCUCCCAUCCACAGCCCUGCCCAGGCCAUGUCCCCCACCCAGAGCAUCGGCCUGGUCCAGUCCCUCCUAGCCAAUCAGAACGUCCAUCUGGACGUCCUGUCCAAUCCCACUGCCAUCUCCACCACAGCUGCUGCAGGGACCGGGGGGUCAUCUGACCAGGGCCAGGACACCACCCUGACCGCCCAGUACACGGUGCCCAGCAGGUACUCCAGUCCUGGACAGGUAAUCUUUAGAGGGCUGGAGAUGAGCCGGCUUCUGGUUGGGCCUCCUCCCUCUCAUCACCAACAACAGAGCCAUCAACAACAACAUCAUCAGCAACAACAAAUUCAGCAUCAACAACAGCUACAACAACAGCAACAACAACUAGCGCAACAACAUCACCAACAGCAACUGGCACAGCAACAUCAACAGCAUCUCCAGCAGCAGCAGAUGCUGCAACACCAACAGAUGCAGCAGCAGCAGAUCCAUCAGCAGCAGCAACACAUCCAACAGCAGAUCCAGAACAUGCAGCAACAGCAGCAGCAGAUCCAGCAACAACACCAACAACAACUCCAGCUACAGCAACAGUUACAACAGCAGCAACUCGCACAGCAGCUGCAGAAACAGCAUCAACAGAUACCGCAGCAUAUGCAACAGCAACAACAAAUUCAACAGCAACAUCAUCAACAUCAUCAAAUGCAACAACAGCAGCAGAUACCACAACAACAAAAGCACCAUCAGAUGCAGCUCCAGAUCCCCGUCCCCUCUCAGGUGUCAGGUGCAACGGUGCACCAGCUCCAACAGGGGGCGCUACAGAUUCAGAUCCCCCACCCUGCAGUGGCUGAGAGAAAGGUCAGCGUGGAAUAUGAGCAACUGCUGAAAAUAAAGCCCACUCGCUCUGCCCCCCAGCUGGUUGAGGGGGACACAGUGGUGUUCAGUACCCCUCUGGAGCUCAGCAAGAUGAACCCCCCGCCCCCCUACCCCGGGACGGUGGACGCUCCUGUGGCUGCAGCCGCUACCGCAGCAGCCUCAGCAUCUGCUGCAGCAGCCAACGGCUCCUCUGGACAGGCUGUGGGCAGUAACGGCUCACUGCCACCAGUGGAUCUGUGCCUGAAGAAGGGCGAGUUAUCCCUUUAUCCUCCUAGCCAGCAGGCGACACAUUACCCAACCCCAUUAGGCUAUGAGCGGAUAACGACGUUCGACAGUAGCGGUAACGUGGAAGAGGUCUGCCGGCCUCGAAUGCGGCUCGUGUGCAACCAGAACGUCUACUCGCUCCAUGGCCCGGGGAGCUCAGCCACCCUCAGGGUCACCUCCUCUUCCUCCUCAUCAGAUGGGAAAAAGAUCCAGCUGCCCUACGCCUCGGCCACCCUCAACCGGCUCACUGUGCCCCGCUACUCUAUACCCAGCAGAGACCCGCCCCCCUACCCUGACACAGCCAAUCAGAACACCACAGGGGGGAGGAGCCCCGGACAGAGGCUGGACAGCAGUCUGAUCCCUUUCACGCUCAGACAGAACAGUGAAGAGGCCGCUCUCAAAGUCUCUCAGAUGCUGGACCCUCAGAGGACACUUCCUCCUAAAGCCAAAUCCCAAAACGGUGCACUGGCGGCCUCCCCCCAGCAGAGGGUGCCCACCGCGCUGUACACCUGCAGUCAGUGCAGUAGUAACAGCAGUGGGCUUAGCAGUGCUGCCAGCAGUGCUCCCAGUGGGAGUGCGAAUGGAAUUGCAGGGGGUACAAUCAUUAGACAGGAUUUCCCUCCAGGGAAUGGAGCUCCUCACAGCACGGUGAUUGUCCACUCCAACAGUGCCUCUCCCCAGGCCUCUCAGUCAUCCUACAACCUGCUGAGCUUGGAUGGCUCUGGUAAUGGAAGAGGAGGUGGGAACAGAGACCGGGCUGACUAUGUGAACUCAGCCUUCACAGAGGAUGAAGUACUGAGUCACUCAUUGAGGCAUUUGGCGCUAGGGGGUGCUGAUGUGUCUGGACUGACGGUCAAGAGGCCUCCGCCGUACCAGUGGGACCCAGCCGCAACUGAGGAGGUGUGGGUGCCUCAGGAACGGACCAGUACUCUGACGUCUGCUGCCCCCCCCGGACCCCACAAACCUCCCCCGCUCAUCCUCAGCCCGGCCCAGCACCUCGACAUCUCCCGGCUGCCUUUCGUCCUCUCCCCUAAGUCCCCCACCAGCCCCAGUGCUGCCUCUUUCCAGGCUGCCGCUGAUGCCGCAGGUUACCAGAUCACCCUCCAGUACACUCCUGGCACAGCCUACAGUGGGUCCCAGCUGCAGCCCAUGCCAGGCUCUCCCCGGCCCUGCUCCCCUAAGGAGGUGGUGGUCCCGGUCCCGUUCUCCCAGCAGGAUGCCACCCUGGUCUCACCACCUGGCUAUCCUGCCAACCUGGCUAAUCUGGCAUGCUGCCCCCUCCCUCCCAAAUACCCAGGGGGUGGCUCCUGUGCCGAGCACCCCAUCACCCUACACACCCCUUGGGGCACUUACAACCCCUGCCCCCCCUUGCCCAGCCCCUCGGGGACGCUGCCCCCCAAACUCUCGCAGAUGAUGGUGGACAAGUCAGUCCUCUCUACCCCUCCUCCCCCACCGGCUCCCCCACCCACAGCAGAGCUGCAGCUGCAGGGUCACGGUGGCUCCCCAGAAGCCAUGACCAUGGAGGCUGGAGAGGGCUUCCAGGAGGUCCUCUCCCUUGACGACAGCCCCUUGCCCAGCCGUGCUGACAAGUUAGGCAAGAAGAACCGCAAGCGGGCCGACGUCAGGGCUGAGGAGGCCAACGUACCGGCCAUUGCCGAGGGAGGCAAGUCCAAGAAGGAGGGCCGGGCCCUGGCCGACUUCAACUCUCUGAUCUCCAGCCCGCGGCUGGGCGGCAGUGACAAAAAGAAGCCCAAGGGCCAAAAGGAGCAGCAGCUGAAUGCCAAGAAGCUGAGCAAAGCUCCCAACAACACUAACAGUGAGUUCCAGGACAGCUCGGAGAGCGAGCCUGAGCUUUUCAUCAGUGGGGACGAGCUGCUCAACCAGUGCCGGAGUGGCAAGAAGGGCUGGAAGAGCAAGAGAAGCCUGCGGGCGGCCGGUGAGCUGGAGGAGAUCAAGUACCGCAAGGCCAACGAGAAGGAGGACCGCGGGCUCGGCAGCCAAGGCUUUGUCUAUGUCAUGACAAACAAGCAGCCACUGUGGAAUGAGGCCACUCAGGUCUACCAGCUGGACUUUGGGGGACGCGUCACACAGGAGUCGGCCAAGAACUUCCAGAUCGAAUUGGAGGGGAGACCGGUGAGGUGGCUUCAGAUAGAUGGGGUGGUAUAGAUAGUUUUCUCCUGUACGAUAGGAAUGUUAUUUAUUAUACAACUGUUGGGUCUAAUCCUGAAUCCUAUUAGUUAAAAGCGCAUUCCAGCCGGUAUCUAUUCCACAAGUUACCACCGGCUAAAUCUAUGAUGUUAAAAUGCCUAUUUACUCUGUUCCAUCUGACUGCGCAAUCCACUGUCUAUAUCAGCCCAGCCAAGCAAUUGAUAAACUUGAUCUCCACUAUAAAAAGCAUCUAGACAUUAUCUUGCAUUUCUUUUAGACUAACAUUUAGUUUUUAACAGCAGAUUUGUAUAAACCUUGCUGUCUGUAGUACAGUAAUAGUAAUGAACGUGUCGGGAAUCGGGACGAGACAGACAGACAGGCAGGCAGUGUUUCUCAACCAGUCGAAAUCAUGAAUGAAGUCAUGAAAAAGCUGGCAUAAUUUUUAUGGAUAUAUACAAAGAAAUGUACAUUGAAAGAAUGUAAAACAAAACGAAGUGCAGCUAGUUUGCAGUCUUUCCAGCUUCAGUUUGAAGUGAUUGUGCUAGCUGUGUUGUUGACUAGCUCCUCUGAACAACAGUGUCCUGACGAGAGAGCACAUUUUCUAUGCCAGGCGAAAUCGCGCCUCAUUAGCUCAUUGUUAUGGAUGUAUCCAAAUAAAUGCAAAUGCAGCUACUUUGCUGUUAUUCUGGCUUUUUGACGUGACUGUAAGUUAGCCGUAGUUGGCUAGCUAGCAAGCAAGGGAUAAGAACAUUGCCAGCCAGUAUAAAAAUGGAAAAUCCAGAACGAACGACUGGGUCGCGUCCAUAGAUACAAAACAAGAAAACUGAACGACUGGGUCGCGUCUCUAGCAACCGAAUAGAUAGAACGAACGACCAGCCGGCUUGGGCAGCAACCCUAGAUUUUUGUCGGGACUAUAUCUUGUGGAAGGAUGAAAUAGUAUGAAUAAAUUCAUCAAAAUAACAUUUUUUAUCAUUAUUUGAAUAUGUUGGUAAACCGUUGAAUAAAAGUGAUAAUGCCCUUGAAACCGGUGUUUGGAGGAUAUAUUGGCACGGGCCUAACACCCGUGCCAAUAUAUCCUCCAAACACCGGCUUCAAGGGCAUUAUCACUUAAAUAAGGGUUAGUUUGCAUAGCAAGGGCUGAUGGGGAAGUGUAGGAAAGUAGGAGAGUGUAUCUAUUUGUAAGAAUAUGACAUGGAACAAAUAUAAAUAUAAUUCAGCAUUCAAUAGGGAAACAGCUCAGACAGCCAUAGAGUCAGGGCAAUCAGAAAGUGACUGUGUGUUUAUUUGUGUUUGUGGCCAGGUGAUGCAGUUUGGCAGGAUCGACGGCAACGCCUACAUCCUGGACUUCCAGUACCCGUUCUCUGCUGUUCAAGCCUUCGCAGUGGCUCUGGCCAAUGUCACUCAACGCCUCAAAUGA